GUCCGCAGCCUCUGAGCCCCCCGCGGGAGGACCGGUGCCUCACGCGACGCACUGCGGGGGCACAUGGGCGUGGCGCACGGUGGAAGUCCCGCCCGGGCCAGUUCGGCCGCCCCCGGGGCCAGCGCCCUAUCGAACUGGUUCGCGUCGAUCAGGAAGAGGAGGGUGGGGAACUCGCGUCGAGGUUUUCUCAGCAAGAGGCGCGACGUCUGCACUGUUUCUCCAUCCUUGCCGUGGAGCGAACGCCAGACAACGAUGCCGGCGGAUUUUACAAGGAGGGUUUCAAGGUGGGGAGAGGCGCCGUGAUUUGGAAGCGGCGUGGGUGA